AUGGUGAAAUUAACCUUAAUUCUUCUCAGUGUAUUUUUUGUUCAAUUAAGUUUGGCAGAAAAUUCUUAUUUUAUUAUUUUACCAAAAUUGUUGAAAGUCAAUUAUGAAAAUCAAUUGUCGGUAUUGAUAACAACGCAAGUUAAACAACCGGUUGAUGUUACAUUUGAUUUGGCCAUAUUGGGACAACGAGUUCAAGCCCGUGUUACAUGUCAACCAGGCGAAACGAAAAAUGUCAGUUUAAGUUUGCCAGAACAUUUUCCAAUUGGUGCUGGUGAAUUAACCAUUCGAGGAACUGGUGGUAUUCAAUUUUCAGAAAAACGAGAUUGUAUUGUUUAUGAUAAUCGUUAUGUCUUAUUGGUACAAACGUCAUCAUCAUCCUACCGUCCCACUGAAUUUAUGGAAUUACGUGUAUUGGCUACGAAUGAAAAUUUAAUGCCAAUUGAACGAGGUGUUGUUGACAUUGAAAUAUAUGAUAGUUAUUUAAAAUUGGUCGGCGAAUAUAGAAGAGUGGAAGUUCGAAAUGGUUUAACUGAUGUCAUUCGAUAUCCAGUCAAUAAAUAUGUCAAUUUUGGUUCAUGGUUAGUAUCAGCAACAAUGGACAAUACCACAGCAUCAGUUGAAGUACUGGUUAGUGAACCAUUAGUACCAUCAUUCGAUUUAAAAGUAUUAUUUCCAAGAUUUUUAUUACGUACUGAUACAUCCUUUCGUGGUAUUAUUGAACUUUCUGAUGAUUUUAAUCGUCCAAUGUUUGGUCGUGCAAAUAUAUCCAUUGGUCAAUUUACCGAAGAUGUAGCUCGUGAAAAGCAAGCACGUGGUACACCAAUGAUAGAUGAUGAUGAAACAAUGAGACGUGGAUUAAAAACACAAACAAUUGAUGUUGGUGGACGUGUACAAUUAAAUUACGAUUUAUUACAAAUGUUUGGUAUUGAUGUUAGCAAAGCAUUGGCCAUCUAUGUUUAUGUUGAUGUUAUUUCACAAGUUUCUGGUCAACAACGAAUUGCUAAACAAAUUAUUCCAGUAUUUAAUCGUGAAGUUGUCUAUGAUAUUUAUCCAUUGGAAUUUGAAGCUGGUCAAAAGAAUGAAUAUCAAGUAAUUGCUAAACGUCCAGAUGGUAAACCAAUUCAAAUGGAAAAUGUUUUGGUUAAUUUAACAAUGUUAUUUGAAACUGAAAAACCCAAACCUGUUGAAAUUAAAGAUUUAUAUACACGUGGCCGUACCGAUGUUGGUUUGUUCAAUGUUGAAAUCCCAGAAAACUGUAUCGGAGUUUUACUCACAUUGACACCAUUAAGCGAAGAUGGACAACAUUACGGUUAUCGUACACAAGAAAUGGUAUUGAGACCAGUUCCAAAACGUCGUGAAUCUGGUGGACAAUUAAUGAUUGAAAUGAUGCCCGCCAAAUGGGGUCAAAUGGAAUCAAAACAACAACAACAACCAGAAGUUAUUUCGACCAUGAUUGCAUCUAUCGAUAAACCAAGUCGAUUUUAUAUUCAAUUAUUACCAUCAAAAUCGAUUCAACAACAUCCAGAGUCAUUGAAUAUGAAUUAUGCUUUAUUAACAAAUGGUCGUAUUACAUUAUCGGGUGUAUUUCGUAUUCAACCAACAAAAGAAUGUCAAACAAUGCAACCACGUGCAAUCAAGCCUGAACAAACUUCAUCCACAGCACCACAAUGUGUUUAUAAUGGCACUUUGGAAUUAGUAAUGACACGUCAAAUGGUACCAUACUCAACAUUAUUGGUCUAUACAUUCAAUCCAAAUUUUGGUAUUAAUGUUGCUGAAUCCCAUCGUUUUGCAGUUCAAGGUUUAUUAAACAAUAAUUUAACAAUGAAUGUAACAACACACGAAACAAUGGAUAAGGAAGGUAAUGAUAAAAAACAACAUAUUGAUGAAGAAGAUAUUUUACCCAUACAUGUUGGUAGCGAUAACAUUAAAGUAUCAUCAAAAGCAAAAGCUUAUAAGCGUAUGGAUUUGGUACUUAAUGGUUUACCGGAUUCAACAGUUGGUGUUAAUGUUUUUGAAUUUGAUGCCGUCAGUCAAGGUUUACGAUCCGAUAUCACCAUUGAACGAUUAUUAAAAUAUUCUACGGCUUAUGAAUAUGUUCCAAUUAAAGGUAUGCCAACAUCGACAUCAAGUAACGAAAAAGUUGUUCAAUCAAGAGGUUUCAAAGAUGAUCAAUUUGACCAAUUCCGUGAAACACCUGAAGAAGAACGACGUGAACAAGAACAAUUUGAAAAGAAUAUGGAACGUGAACGACAAGGUCAUCGAGUUCGUUAUCCAGUAGAACAAAUGGCAUUUGGUUUAGUUCCAGAACGUCGCAUGACACCAUCUGUUGGGGAUGAUCCGUAUAUUCCAUCAAAUAAAAUGGGACGGUUAUAUGGUGAACCAGAAAAACAAGAAUUCGGUACUGAUCGUAAGUCUUUCGAAGAAGUAUCCAGACAAAAAACAAAUACCGGUCGUCAAUACAAUGUUCAUAUUGAUAAAAAUGAUUAUGUUUUAUCUGUUGGUAUGCCAGAACUUGUAGUCUAUACACAAGAACGAGAUAGUAAAAUACAAGGUAAACUACCAAUGGCAGAACCAGAAACAAGUGAUGAGGAUGAGGAUGACGAUGAGAAAAAACAACAACGUGGUGAAUAUCGUCCAGUAUACGGUACAUUGGAAUGGUUCAAAAAAGUUAAUCGUCGUAUGAGUUUGAUAUCAAAAGAAGCAUUCAUAUUCUUGGAAUCUGGUUUAUCAAUUGUAUCCGAUUUCGGUACAUUAGUUGUUCCAAAAGAAUUACAACAUAUGAGUUUAUCAACAGUCAUGGAUAAAUUUCGUCGACAAUCAUUAAUGAAUUCAAAAGAUUCCUAUACAAUUCGUGACGAUGCCAGACAAUUAUUAGAAGAAUACAUGCAAGAAACAGAUUCAACAUAUACACUACCACCAUAUGUACUAGAAGAAGAAUCACGUUCAUCAUAUUACAAUUCAAUAUUAUUUAGUCAAACCAAAUUAGAUCAGCAAGGACAAGGAAAAUUACGAUUACCAAAAAUGAAACCAUGUUCAACAUGGAUGGCUACUGGUUUUUCAAUGAAUCCAACAUAUGGUCUUGGUAUUGCCCAACCAUUCCGUUUACCAACAUCACAAGGUUUAUAUUUACUUGCUAAUAUGCCACGAAAAGUUCAAGUUAGUGAGAAAAUAUUAUUGUCCUAUAGUAUCAAUAAUUAUUUAACAAAAGAUGUCCAAAAUGUCGUUGUUCGUAUCCGUUCAUCGCCCGAUUUUGAUGUUAUCGAACAUCAAUCACAAGGUGAAGGAAAAUUAAUACAAAUGACAAAUGAUUAUGUCGUUCAAAUACCAUCAAUGAAAAUGGAUUCUUCAAUAGUACGACAUAUUAUUAUUGUACCAAAACGUGCCGGUGUUAUGUCAAUUGUGAUGGAAGUUGAAUCUGAAUUCGGUGGUGACUGGGAGAUUCUUUCAAUUCACGUUCGUGAAAGUGGUCUAUACCGUAAAGAAAUGUCAAAUAAAUUAUUUGAUUUAACUGAAAAAUCAACAUCAGGACAAAUCACAGAAAAAAUCAGUUCAUCACCAAAUCUUCGCAUGGUUAAAGUAUGUGUUAGUGGUACAAUGUUAGAUUAUCUCAUUCGAAAUCAUACAAUGGACACAAAAUCAUUUAUUGGUGUAGAUAUUCCAUUAAUUGGUUUAUGGCGUGGAGUAUUAUUACGUCGUUAUUUAAAUGAAACACAACAAUCAGAAGUUGGAUUGAUGAAUAUGACAAUGAAUAAUAUAACAGCAAAUUAUCAGACACUUCAGUUAUUUACUGAUGUUAAUGGAACAUACGGUUAUCAAUUCAAUACUGAGAAAAAACAAUCAAACUUAUUUUUAUCAACAGUUGCUUUGGGUGCCAUGUUAUCACCUUUAAUGCCAUUCCGUGAUAAUGUUACAAUCAAUCGUACUUUAACAUGGAUAUUAAAACAACAACGUCAAGAUGGUUCAUUUGAUGAAAUGGGUCCAUGUUCUUGUCAACGUUUCUGUACAAGUGAAUAUCGUCGUGAUUUUAUGACAAGUUUAGUUGUUUAUUUCUUAUCACAUGAUAAUUUAACACAUUCUUUACCAUGGUUUGUACGAGAAAAAUUAUACGGCACUGGUGAUAGUGAUCAACAAAGUCCAAUGUUCCGUGCAAAACGUUAUUUGGAAAGCCGAUUGGAUCAAGUUAAAAAUUGUAUGUUAACAACAACAUUAAUGGAAUUAGCUUUAAUACAAUGUCAUAAGCUACCAACAGAAUUACAACAAAAAAUUCGUCAACGUAUUCAAGAAAGACAAUUGAUAACUGAAGAAGAUGGAUCAAAAUCAGUUAAAAUUGAAAAUGAAGGAGACAUGAUCAUUGAAAAUAAAUUAUUGUUAAAUACAUUGACAUUAUCAAUUUAUGCACACUACAAUGACUAUAAAACAACAUGGGCAUUAGCAAGAUGGAUUGUAUCAAAAUUAAGCGUUCAUCAUCAAAUGGAUACUCUUUUGGAUGCCAUUUUCAUGACAAAAGCAUGGGUACACAGCGAUUGUUUAUUACGUCGUCAUAUGAAAUCAACUGGUGAAAAAUUUAAUAUCGUUGUUGAUAUGACUGUUGAUGGUCGUCGACAAGAAUUUCGUUUUGAUGAAACGAAUAUGGAUAUAACACAACAAUGGAAUUUAACAUUACCAGUACAACAAUUAACCUACACUGUUAGCGGAAAAGGUAUGGCUGGUGUAGCUAUUAAACAAGUGUUUGUUGAUAAAGAACAAAUAACACCACCACCAACACAAGAAAUUAGCGUUCGACAAGAAUUUGAAUCAAUGUCACGGUUAAAUGAAAUAAGAGCCAGAACAUGUUUGACAUAUACUCCAAAACAACAAGAACAAAAUAGAAAAUUAGCAAAUGUAAAUUCUACAUUGGUUGUUGAAGUAGAACUUCCAAGUGGUACAAGAGUUAAUCUUCGACAAAUUAGUUUCUUUGUUCAACGGUACAAUCAAAUAGUAUAUUAUUAUUAUCGACGUCACAGACAUACAAUGGUCUUCUUUGUUCAAUGUCCAAUUGGACAACAAUCAAAAGAGAUGUGUAUGGAAUGGCCAAUUGAACGUUUAAGCACUGUUAUUAACCAACAACCAAUUGAAGUACGUGCAUAUGAUUAUUUAAAACCAGAAAUAUGUUCUAGAAAGUUAUUUAAUGUUGUCGAUGCCAUUAAACCACAAGCAUUGGGCUACGAAUAUGUUAAAUUUUUCCUACAAUCACGUCCAGAUAUAAAAUCAGUACCAACAAUGGAUUUAACCAAACCACAAUAA